AUGGUCAAAGACUCCUUUGUGCUAAGUCGGGCAAGGUAAGCCAACUCUUGCCUUGUUGGCUUGCUUAAUUUUAAAGUAAAUGAAGCCAGAUUGCCAAUGCAAAAGGGAGUCUUCUGUUCUCACUUAUUUUGUUUCUAGUGUCACAUUUUGAACUAGGAAUGCUCCCAGUCUUGGAGAACUCACAUGCAUGUAACUUUAAAUGUCUCCCAAACAAUUCUAAGCUGCAAGAUCUCAUUCUGGAGUGUUUUCAGCAGCAUGAGAAGAUGGGGAGCCAAUUAAUCCUGCCAGCCAGGGCAGAGUAUUAUGACUAGAUCAUCCUUUUUAACCUUUGCCUUUUCUUAUAUGUAGAUGACAGCUUCCUGGCAUUUAUCGCAGUGAGGGAGAAAAGCAAGACUAAUCACAUUUGUGUCGGUGGAGCAUGUGGAUUGUACAAUGUGAAUGACACAAAAACAGAAUUUACAGAUGACUCAGUUUUAGUUGAUCUAAGUCAUUGUGCAAGCAGAACGACUACCUUGCAAAUCUGCUCUGGGGAUUCCUUCAACCCUCCAGAGCAGAUUUGGGGGUGCUCGGGGGAGGGGGGUGACAGGGAAGGAGAGAGGGAAGGGAAAUUCCAUUGAAGUCAUUGCCUGAGUUCAGUUGGAUACAACCCUUUCUUCUAAGUGGACUAGUCUUGUUUGGAAGCAUGAGAAACAGAGAAAAUGCCUUUCGUAGGCAAAGGACACAAUACUUGGAUGCCAGAUCGGUUUUCUCCUCAGUCAUUGGUGAUGUUAAUAAACUGUCAAUAAAAACAGCAACUUGAGGUGAAGAUCUUCUUAGGUAGCCUAAGCAUCUUCAGUUGCACUUCUCUUAAGUAUUAAUAAUGCUAUUUAUAGCAUGCCUCAGUGUAGCAUGGUAUGCAUUUUAUACCAUAAAACCUGAGACUGAGGGUCACUUCAGAGUUUAGAUUUCCUACAUGGAAGUAACUUCAGUGUAGGUGAAAGUGGGUGUAGAUCUGCACAGGGUUUUUCAUAUCCUUUCCCAUAUGGAAGUGCUUGCUGAGGAGGAACUCUGUGAUCAAGCACAUGCAUUGAAUGCAGAAGGUCCCGGGUUCAGUUCCUGGCAUUUUCCAUUAAAAGGAUCAAGUAGCAGUUGAUGGGAUAGGCCUCUGCCUGAAUAGCCUGCCGAUCAGAGAAGGCAACAUUUGUCGAAAUGGACAAAUGUUCCAACCUGGUAUAAGGUUGCUACCUAUGUUUUUAUAGAAAAAAUAAUUUUUGAAAUGGUCCUGCGGAAUUACUGAUUACCACUUAUUAGAGAGCUGUUGAACCCAUUCACAGGCAAUUACUGACCCUCAUACUAUAUAACAGUGUGGAAGGUUGUGUCGUUUCUCUUUAUUUCAAUUACUCUGUCAAUGUAGAAGGUUUAUAUAGAAAAUUUGUCCCUUGAAAUUGAUAAUUUUGUCACUGAGGAGAGAGGACUCAUUUAUGCGUCAAAAUAUUCAUUUCUUAGAUCAUCCCUUCCCUCCAACCUGGAGAUCAGGCAAGUUGAAGAUGGGAUUGAAGGCAUUUUUGCAGUAACACAGCUGGUGAAGCGUACCCAGUUUGGUCCCUUUGAAUCAAAGAGAGUUACCAAACUGGAAAAGGAGCCAGCAUUUCCAUUAAAGGUACAAUGGCACUGUUUCGGUUGGUGAUAAUGUGAAGGCACUAAGAAAUGGAGCAACCAGGCUCUACCAUUGUCUGAACGUGUAUUUGCUUCAUUUGGUUCUUUUUUAGUUAACCAGUUCAUUCGUUAAUCAUUCUCUGCCUGCCUCUCUCUCUCUCUCUCUCUCUCUCUCUCUCUCAUACACACACACACACACACAGAGUAGCCUUUUCAGUACCGAUAGCUAAUGCUAUAGUGUUUCUGUUUGUAUGGCCUGCAGAAAUCUUCUGGUUUUAGUUCCAUCUGUUAACUUUUAACAUGUGCAGUCAGGCAAACGAGAUGUGCUUCUGUUGGCAGUCCUCAUAUAGGGGAAGAUGGAGCAAGAAAUAUGGAGUGGACCUGAUCCUAGCAGGUCUUGCUUUUUGUACCAAAUUGGAAAGGCUCAAAAUACUAGCCCAGGUGGCACAGGAACACUUGGGAGUGCACUGUAAGACUCCUGAUUGUUCCUUUGCAGCCACAACUUUAUGUGCCCCACAUUGAUGGAGAAGGUUUGCGUUCACCUUGCCAGUAUCUGUGAAGUCAGGGGUAUGAAAUAAAAGUCAGACCAGUUCAUAUUAUUGCAUUACCACUUAGCACAGUAGCAUGGAAGCCAGAUUCUUCCUCUCAUGCCGUUACAGUAAUGCCUAGAUGCAGGGACCACAUGGGCAGGUCAUACUAUGGUAACAAAAAUGCAUCCUUGUCUACAGCUAUUUAUUUAUUAGUUGAUCAUUACUGCAAAGUUUGCAUUCCCUCUUUGCAUGGGUGUCUAUUAGGUUUUUCAGAAGGAUGGACCUCUAGUGUAUUUUGAUACAUCUAAUGAAGAUGAUUGCAACUGGAUGAUGAUGGUGAGGCCAGCCAACCAAUACGAACACCAGAACCUGUCUGCCUUCCAGCAUGAUAAUGACAUUUACUUCACUACAUCCCGGGACAUCCCACCAGGCACAGAGUUACGAGUGUGGUAUGCUGCUUUCUACGCCAAAAAAAUGGAAAAGCCCGUUCUAAAGCAAGUUUCUAGCAUUGCCAAUGGUACGUUGGGUUGCUUCGUGGAUGGGUGCUGGGUAGUUUUUUUAACUAUCUCAAAAAAAUGUUCCCACUUUCUCUGUGGGGCUUAUUGCAUGCAAACAUCUCCCUCACAUGAAAAGAAAUUGAUAGAAUCUAUGUCCUGAUUCGUAUUAUUUAUUACACGUAAUGGAAUGCUUCCUCUGAUUGAUAUUUUCUACUUUUAAAUAUAAAACAGCUUCCAAGGAUCUAAGUUUCAGCAGAGGCACACCAGGCAUUAUAACAGCAAUGUUACAAUGUGGUUAGUAGGAAAAUAAACUAAUGCAAAAUAAACUAAUGCAAACAUUAUUUCUCUGAUAGAUGUUUGUUUAGUAGUGAUGGAAUGUGACCAAGAAGAAAACAAAACUACUUCGAAGCCUCCCUGUUCCAGUGGCACUUAUUCUCUCAAAAAAUUAAAAUUCCCCCGUUCUAAACUUUCAGGUAUGGAAACUCUUCUGUUCUUGUUGUGUGAACACUGUAUAGCCAAAUCACCUGUUAGAGCAGAGGUUUCCAAACUUUUCAUGUUGCUGACCUGCUUUUUAGACAUGCAUCAUUUUGUGACACAGUAAUUCAGUUUUACUAGCAAACUGAAUGUUAAACUAACACCUUUCCAGCCCCAGGAGGAGUGUGGGGAGAAGUUCACACAACACACGUACACACUUCAGCCAACACACUAAUGUGUUGUGACACACAGUUUGGAAAGCUCUAUAUUAGAGAAAAAUCUGAUGGCGUAUGAUAGGGUUUGAGGUGGAACUGAUCUCUGAUGGGUAUUGAAGGAAAGGUUUAAACCUGAUAUUUUGAAUGUCUAGACCGGGGUUGGGUGGGUGAAAUGGGGACUGUGGCCUUAAUGUUACUGCACUACAUUUCCCAUCACCCCUGAUGACUGGCCAUGCUGCCUGGGGCUCAUGGAAGUUGGGGUUACUAACACUAUCCAGAGGACCACGGGCUUCCCAUUCCUAAUCUAGAGUUUGCCGCUCAGUUUGUUUAAGAUAUUACGUCCCUAAAUUUUGUUUGUUGUGUUUUAGUGAGCUCUCUAGAAAGUAAUGAGCCGCUGAAGCAGAGUCCAGCCAGUUGCCAUUUUAGAGCAGAGGUGGGAAACCCGUGGUCCUCUAUAUGUUGUCUGGCUUCAUUUCCCCUUCCAUGUGUCAGUGUUUUCGAAAGCUUUCCAAGAAUCCCAGCUGCUGAUGAGCAAAAGGGAGGCACUGUUAAGAUCCACAACUCCACAGGCGUAAUUUUUAAAGGUUGAAUGUGCUUACAGCUACAGUGGUUUGGCUUGUGUUUUCUAAAGAGAGCAUUUGAGAAGUUCAUUUCUUUGCCUCUGAUCUUUAGACAGGGGUGGGGAACCUCGGGCCCAGGGACCACAUGUGGCCCUCUAGAGCUCUCUACCUGGCCUCCGGGGCUCUCCCCAGCUCACACCUUUAGCAGACCUGCUUUAGCCCCUCAUCAUGUGCUUUUGACUGGCAGGAAUUUGACCUUGAACGGUGAUAAUCCUCCCAGUUGAAAGCACUAUUGAAAUGAAGGUUUGUACUAUGGCAUGAGGGUCUGCUCUCCUCAAAAAGGGUCAAAAGUCACCAGUUUUGUCACAACUUUGUACAGAGGUUGUGUUUGGAAUAUUGUUGACUUUAGGCGGCAUUAAAUUUAAAUGAAGGGAAGGCCCUUUACUUCUAAUGUUCAGCCAUGCCCGUAUAUUUUUUUGUCUCAUCGCUCUUCCCUUGCAGAGCAUCGCCGGAGUCACUUGGAGCAAGCCAAAGGAGCUCCACAGAGCAACCAGAAAGAUGCAGUUGCUGAAAUGGUUAUGGAGGCCCCCCCUGCAGACCAGCCCGUAGCCCAUGAAAGUGCCAACACCGCAGUGGAAGGGAAAAGAAAACCACGAAGGGGCAGGAAGCCCAAAGUGGCAAGACCAGAAACUCCCAUUGUGAUUGUGGACAAUAAAGACUCUUCUGGUGAGCCCAGAAACUACUAAAAGUAGCUAUCAGUGAUACUUCAUUUCAUACCCUAAAUUUUUCACUCAGUGGGCCAGAUGGUCAUGUUCAUCCCCUCCCUCAGGUCAAGCUUGACAGGUAGGCCUAGCUGCCCACCUGUCAUGCUGCCCACCUGUCAUGUGAAUCCAGUCACGGUAGCAUCUGGUGAGCUUUUUGCCUGUAGGAUGCCCUUCAAAGUGCUUCCCCCCCCCCCAGCAAUUCAUAUGGGGCUUUAUAGGCUGAUUGGUGGCAUCUGCAAAUACCCUUGCAGCUGAGGCAAGUUUUUACCUGUCCUAUACCUGACAUCAUCUAUGAUAUGGGUGGGCAUGAUGUGGCCAAAAUAGCCUCACAGGUGGGUCUAAUUAGGCCAAUGGGCCACCGAUACCCUAAGCCACGAAUGGCCAAACUUAGCCCUCCAGCUGUUUUGGGACUACAGUUCCCAUCAUCCCUGGCCACUGGUCCUGUUAGCUAGGGAUGAUGGGAGUUGUAGUCCAAAAACAGCUGGAGGGCUAAGUUUGGCCAACACUGCCCUAAGCGAAUUACUUUGCAUUACCAACUUCUUUGUUUUACGGGCAGAGGGCAUGAAGAAGCUGAAUUUUCCAUUUUAUGACAUAUUUGCAUUGGGGAACUAAAUUUAUUAAAAAGUGGUGUAUCACAGCACGUGAGCUUAUUGAAUUGCCUUGUACUGAGCCAUCUAGUCUGGUAUUACCUUCUCUGUCUAACUCUGGCUCACUGAGGCAGGUGUGGGAAACUUGGUUUUCCAGAUGUGGCCGAACUGUUGCCCUAGUCAUUGUCUUUGGCUUAACUAGGGUGUGCAUGAACCAUUAAGCUCAGUAUCUUGUAUGGCUGUAUAUUUAGGGUUCAUAACUGAGUGGCCUUUCUUGAUAACAAUGAAUUCAUUUGACAGAGGAACAUGUUGCUGAAAUUAUAACGGAGAUUCCACCUGAUGACGUAGCUCUUCCUCCUACAGAAGAAGCAAGGUUUAUGGAAGUGGUGUUAGCAAAGAUACCCAGUACUGCAAACAGUAGGAAUUCUAUAGCGAAGUAAGUCCCUCCAGUAAAGGCAAAUGCUAAAAUGUUCUGUUUCCUCAUUCCUGCAUAUUCAGUAUUUUAAUGUGAAAGAGGUAUGAAAGAUUUGGAGGUGGAGGGGGGAAACAGUGCAGUGUUGAAUCUAGUUUUACUUUUCCAUUUGAAUCUAAUCUUGCUCUUCCAUGAAUGGAAAGGCUCCUUCUAUUUGUAGAUGUGACUCAAAUUCAGUAGGAAUUCCAGCUAGAGGAGGGUUUGUGAUUUUCUCUAUCUUCUCUCUAGCCAUCCCUUCCCUCCCAUACUGUUCUAAAGGUUUCACAACCUUUUGGAGUAGAUUUUCAAAAGGUAUAUGGAGUUAAAGAACAAAAUAGGAAUCCUAACCAUACGUGACCUUCCACUCUCAGCAAUUCUAAUCCCACUGGAAAACCUUUAUUAUCUUGGACAUAAUGAAACAUUAAGCGUUUCAGAUUUUAAAAAGUGAUCAUUUGCAAUAACAUAAGCAGACUGAAACUCUGCUUAUUUGAGGGAAAAUAUAAAAAUCCAGUCUGUGAUAAUAGACUCCUGGUGAAACCUUCUACCCUAACAAUGAUACCAUACUUUUCCGUGUAUAAGACUAGGUGUUUUUUUUUUUACUAAAAAUAAUGUUAAAAAGCGGGGGGGGGGGGGUUGGUUUAAGUCUUAUACACGGGGCAAUCACCACCCAUUUUCAUAACUUUGAAUCCCCCAAAAUAGGGGAUGUCUUAUACACGGGGGUGUCUUAUAAAUGGAAAAAUAUGGUAAUUGGUUUUAUUUUAGAUAAUUCACUUGAGCAAGUGUACAUAGUGGUAGUUCAAAUGGGGGAGAGGUGGUCCUUGAGGUAUUUCAGUCCUGAGACAAUAUUGCUUCUAGGGUGUGUAUGGCACAUCAUCUCUUUGAAAGAGCCCCCAUGGAAAGCUAACACUGCAAAGAGGAGCUUCGCGUGUAGGGAGCUCCUGCUAUAGGAUGCUUCCAACCAACAUAAUUAAAGUGCUGGCCAAUGAGAGGACUAUGCCAGCACCCUGUCCUGUUCCAAAGGGUUGCUAAUAAAUGAAUCCUACAGUAUGCUGACUGUACGAGAAGAGAUACGAUAAAUAGUAACAGGACGCUGAGAUGGUGUUUGCACAGCACGGUGAACUGCUUCGUUGUUACCUGCCUCUUUCUUUCCAAUCGGGCAGGUUUUCUCACCAUCAAAGCUCCAUGUCCCUCAAGAGGAGCUUGCUCCUGUCCAGCCGACAUGGGAUGCGGCGCAAGAUGAUCAAGCAACUUGGGGAACACAAGCGCGUCUAUCAGUGUAACAUCUGCAGCAAGAUGUUCCAGAACAGCAGCAAUCUCAGCAGGCACAUCCGCUCUCACGGUGAGUUCAGGUGGGAUCACCUGGUUUUGUUUUCAGAGCUCCCACAACUCAUUGGAAGAGAGCUCUUCAUAUAAAAGAAGUUUUAUAUGGUGGGACAUUGAAGCAGUACCUAAGAAGAAGGACUGCAGAUUUUCAGCCAUUAGGGUAGCAGUUUAGUGAGAUAGUUUUCCAAAGUCUAGGGGAAUCUCCCGUCCCUUGAAACAUGUAAGCCGGAAGGGAUGGAUCAGAAAAGAUGACUAAGGGCAGUUAAUAUUACACAAAAAUUGUAAUGGUUUUCGUUUGAUGUGUCUUUCUUCAAGGAUAGACUUCUUUUUCAGCGAUCCAGUGUUUAAACUUCAGUUUAGCAUUGAUGGAGUGAUUUAAGAUACUGCAACAGAAGAUAGGUGCAAGUCAUGUUCAGUAGUGCACAAAACAUAACUGAUGACUCAGCUGCUUCACCUAUGUUGCAAUUUUGGUGGUGGUUCAUCCUCCAGAUGUGCCAUUAUAAUGCUCUACCAUUCACCCAGGGCUAGUUUUAAGCCAGCAGGGCUGCUCCCCAUCCAUGGGCUACUGUGUCAAAUUAGAAACAUGGGUGGAAGUUGAUAAAUAACAUCAGUUAGUAUGAAGUGAUGCUUGACCCAGCAGCUGUGAUAACAACUGAUGCAAUGCAUUCCACAUCCUUGAUAUAUAUAAAUGUUUGGUCCCCCCCCCCCAAUAAGGGGACAUGUAAAAAAUGAGCCAGUAUCAUGUGGUUACAGUGUUGGACUCUAGGUAUUCAAAUUCCCACUCAGCUGUGAAGCUCACUGGGUGAUAUUGGGCCAGUCAUUAAGUUUCAGCUUAGCUUAGCUUACAGGGUUGUGAGGAUAAAAUAGGGAGGAAAACCAUGUACAACAUCUUAAGCUCCUUGGAGGAAAAAUAGGACAUAAAUGUAAUAACAAAUACAUAAAUAGAAGUGCCUUUAUUACAUUUUUAACAUCCAGCCUACAAUCCUGUACAUGUCUGCUCAGAAGUAAACCCCAGUGAGCACACUGAGUGUUUUAAUGAUUGCAGCCUCUGUAUUUGUGAAAUUCCUGUCUUUUUCUUUUUGGGGUAAUACAUUUUUCUUUAAAAUGUAUAAUUCUGAAGUAGUCUAUAUUUUUCCCAGUUCCUUUGAAAAAGAGUUGCCUGACGCAAAAUAUCGUAGUUAUAUUUAAAGUAUCAUUUAUUAAAUUAAAUGUACAUAUGAACAGGUGGUAUUCGAUGAAGGUUUACUCAGAGUAGACACAUCAAAAUUAAUGGACCUAAUUUCCGUGGGUCUCGUCUGAGUAGAACUUAGUUGACCGCCACCCAAAAGUUUUGGAACGUAUGGUAUCACUUCCUCUCUCUGCUGCUGUAGCAAGUUCUUUGCUAAGCCCCUUUGCUGCCGAAUCUUUCCAUAAUGUCUGAAGUUGCUUCAUAAGUUACAUUUGUAUGAGGGAACCAAUUUAUAGGCAGAAUGCCCAUGAGUAGUGCCCAGAGAAAGAACAGGCCCAUAUGUAGAUUUUCAGGAAUACAUUAGGCUAUUAAAAACCAUAUGCAGUAUGAUGUGCAUGCAUUUUGUAUUCAAUCAUUGGUUCCUAUAGCAUAUUAAUUGUCCCUGGAGCCCUAACUGCAUAGGAUAUUGUGCUAAAUGUUCCAUUUGUCUUUUCCAGUUUUUUGGGGGGUUUUUUUACACUUCAGUGAUAUAAGUGAUCUAGCACUUUUCUUCUCUAUUAAGCCUGCAAUAGUACUAAACACUAUCAUUUUUCCUACUGGGAGCAGCCCAGAUGCAAAUUUGAUCCCAAGUUAACUGAAUAUUUGAUACAUUUUAUUUUAGUGCUGCUAGUUAUUCCUGAAUUUUCUAGAUGGAUAAGCAGGUGACUGAACUCUGUCUUGUUGUGAUUAAUCCCUUAGGUGACAAAUUGUUUAAGUGUGAAGAAUGUGCCAAGCUUUUCAGUCGAAAAGAGAGUUUGAAGCAGCAUGUUUCAUACAAGCACAGUAGGAAUGAGGUUUGUAUGGGUCUCCAUCAGCAAGCCAUUGUGGGAUGAAAGUGGGUUACACACCAUGGUAGGCAGGCAAGGUCUGCAGAUCUCAGAAUGGGCCUUCUCCUACCUGUAGUUAUUUUGUUUGUAGAAAAAUCUGGUGCCUUUACUUGUGCAAAAGCUUAAGAGCCUCAGAAAUUACCAUAGAAACCUCUCCUAUAAUUUAUCAGUGUUUAAAUUUUCUGGGGGGUUUUUUGUGGGAGGGGUGACAGCUCCAUUGGGGAAACAAAUCAAAGAAAAUAUUUUUUGAAAAGUAUGAACUUCAUAUGUUUGGACAUAUUUAUUGUGAUUCCUUUUCUGUUUUCCACUUUUUAAUCCCCAGGUUGACAAUGAAUACAGGUACAAGUGUGCUACAUGUGAAAAAGCUUUUCGGAUAGAGAGUGCGUUAGAAUUCCACAACUGCAGAACAGGUAUGAUAAUCAAACCACGUUACCUAAGUCCCAUGAAAUGGUCUGGAAUUGUAUUUAUCUAGUAAGGAGGGAGCAGUGCAAGUCAUCUGGACAUUCCGUUUUUAUUGCUUAUGCAGACAAAACUAUAAACUGCUUUUAAAAUACCUGGUAUGCACAAAAUAACAUUUAAAAACUAUCAAUAACGUGCAGAUAAAAUCAGCAUAACGAGAGACGUUGAGGAUUGGAUUCUUCUGCGUGUAAGACAGAUGUUCUACCACUGAACUGCAGCGCUUCCCAUAAUCACCAUCAAAUGUGUGUGCAGGAUGGAGUGCUGUAUCAGUACAGUAUCCAAAUUAUUGUAGGGAAUCACUAGGCUGAUCCACCACACUGGCCCACCAGGGUGGCUCAGCACAGAACCAUCUACAUUGAUAAGCAUCAAUUAUUUGGUAAUAUCCAAGUGGUGUCGCAACUGGCAUGCCAGAUACCAUCUCCCACACUGGCUUCACUCAGAAAGCUAUUGCUGGUGGCAUCGACACAAGCCACAGCACACACUCUCACAGCAAUGCCCUACUUUUGGAGACAAGGGCUUGCGUUUAAAAUGGGCAGUGUAGGAUUAGACGAGAGGAAGCUGCUUGUUGGUUUUCAGAGAUGGCCCUUGCUUGAGUUGUGCAGCUGGAUUCCACGGCUUAUUCUUAGAAACAACUAAAUGGUUUUAAAAACUGCUUUUAUGAAAUCCGUCCUUCCCCUUUUUCAUGCAGACGACAAGACCUUUCAGUGUGAGAUGUGCUUCAGGUUUUUUUCCACAAACAGCAACCUCUCAAAACACAAAAAGAAACACGGGGACAAGAAAUUUGCUUGCGAGAUCUGCAACAAGUUGUUCUACCGGAAGGAUGUCAUGUUAGAUCACCAGAGGAGGCACCUGGAAGGUAAGUACAUUUGUGAUGGAUCUUCUUCCUGGACCUUUAAUAAUUUUUCCCUUUCGCCUAUGGUAAUCAUUUAAAAAUUCGACGGAUGGCACGCUAAGGCUGGUUCUUUUCUUCAUUUGUGGUAAUGCAUCACUGGAAUUGAGGGUGAGAAGGCUUUGAACCAUCCAAGUGUAGCUAUUUUUCUGACAAGUAUGAUCUAAAUUGUUCAUUAUUCAGGAUGCGAUUUAAGGGCUAUUUUUUACAUGAAAAACUUUGAUAUGUCCUUAAGUUGCAUCUAGAUAGCUGAACCAUUGUGCUUGCAGUGGAAAUAUGGGGUUAUAGUGUUGGACUACGACCAGGAAACCCGGGUUCAGAUACCCAGUCAACCAAAAUAUUCACUGCUUGACCUUGGGCCAGUCCCUUUCUUAGCCUAACCUGCCUUUCAGGAUUAUUGUGAGAAUAAGACAGUAGAGGUCUUAUUUGCUUAUUUAUUUAUACUCCGCCUCUCAAGGCAGCUCACAGAUUAAAAAACCCCCAAGAACUGCUAAAAACAUACAAGAAGGUAGGAAUGUUUUCGCCUCUUUGAUCUCCUUGAAGGGAAAAAAUGGGAUACAGAUGCAAUAAAUAAAUAAAAUAGAUGGCAUGCACGAGACACAAAUCAUUGCACAACCAAGGCGCUACCUCUCAGCCCAAUAUCCAUGUUUAUGUGCAAACCUAAAAUUAAGCAGCACUUCUUACAGACAGGAUGUCAUUUCCAUGCAUCACUGUAUUGAUUAUGGUGUGCAUUAUUCAUAGAAGUAGGAAGCAUGGUUUAUUCUUUGUUUGUUCUUUUUUUGGUGGGAACUGUUAUCUUAAGGAGUGAGGCGUGUAAAAAGAGAGGACUUUGAGCACAGCACAGAGAACAUGGUUCGCUACAAGAAAGAACCUUCUGGCUGCCCUGUUUGUGGAAAGGUAAGAUUUUCCAUUGACUUACAUUUGUGGAACUUUUGUUUCAAACCACAGGCAUACUCACAUGCAUUUAUUUAUUUAUUUUGUUGUGCUUUUAACACACAACAAUUCAGAACGUGUUCUGGAUGAGUUCCCAAAAUCCAUACAACUAUGGCAAACUUUUCCAGUCUGUGUAACUGACGUGAGGUUAGCAGAGACGGCAAAGACCACACGGAUUACAGUGGUUACCUCGGGUUACGAACAGUCCUGCUUACGAAUGCUUCGGGUUACGAACUCCACAAGUGUCCCGGGUUGCGAACUUUGCCCCGGGAUACGAACGCAAUCUGCUUCCGGGGCCGCAGGAGGCCUAUGUAGGUAAUGCAUGCCUCGGGUUAAGAACGCUUCGGGUUAAGAACGGACUUCCGGAACAAAUUAAGUUCGUAACCCGAGGUACCACUGUAAUGUUGCACAAGCAACUUGGUGACCUUCUUUGCUUUUUCUUGGAUGCUUUUUGAUGGGUGAUAGUUGAGAGAGAAGCAAAGCAGUAGAAGCUUCCACAUGAGCGUGGUCCCAGUGGUCUUCUGACAGCCACGGUCAAAGUAUCGUGAUAAAUUGUCUCUUUAAGUCCCAUAGGUUGAGCUCCCCGCCCCCCAGCAUGUGGAAUGGUGUGUUGCUAUUUAAGAAGCUCCAGCCCAAAGUCCCCUUGGGCAUGCAGAACUAGAUAUGCUGUGCUUUGGGUUCUAACCUGUGGCUUGUUCAACCAUCCAUUCAUUGGUAUUAUGACCUUAUUUGGUCAACUGCUGGCUAUUAAGAGCUUUGUUGUUAAGUUGGAUGUCAUUACUAUGGAACGGAAGUGACCCUCCUUCCUAUGCCAGUGAAAAAAGUGUUGGACCCAGAGUUGAGAUAUGUGCAGUGCAAUUCUGUACAUGUUUAUUUGGGUGUAAGUCCUAAUUAGUUCAAAGUGGCUUAUUUUCACAUAAAUAUUCAUAGGAUUACUCUGCUAGAAUCAAAUCCCUGGUAAGAGACAUCCUCAAGAAAUGGUCUUAGGGCAAGUCUGCCGUGUUCUCGCCCCAACCCUGUUAUGCAUUAGUUCAUAAUAUUAAAAGGGAAAUUAAUGGUCAUCGUAAGGUUGUUAUGAAAACAAUCAUAAUAAAAUGCUGUACAGUGCAAUGCACACUAAAAUUGUUGUGAAAAUGACAAAAAUAGGAAAACAUAUUUAAUAAAAUCUUAAACUUUGAAUAUAAGUAUUUGAAAAUAAAGUUAUAGAGAUCAACUGGAAAAUUUUGUGGGUAGUUCUGUAUUAGAAUUCAAAGUUUAAUUGUUGGGCAGUUCUCGAGCUGGUUUAGUCAGGGAAUAAGUUCUAAUCUUGAGUAAUGUCACCCAACUUUAGUUCAAAGCAUGAACCAAGGGUAUUUUAGAUCUUUCACAUGUGACAGGAAAACAGAAUUCGCCUGCUAACAUCUUUCUUCCCCUUCAGAUAUUUUCAUGUAGGAGCAAUAUGAACAAGCACCUCCUGACCCACGGAGAUAAGAAAUACACCUGUGAGAUUUGUGGCCGCAAAUUCUUCAGAGUAGAUGUGCUCAGAGAUCAUAUUCAUGUUCAUUUUAAGGUACAAUGUUUAACAACCUUGACACUGCCCAGUGUGAUUUGAUUCAGAACUGGAGUUGAGUAGGGUUACGAAGAAGCUACCAAGGAGAACUGGGAAACCAUUGAAAACAGGAGGAGCAGUGUUUUAGUAAGCGAUAAAGGCUGAAGGCCAAUUUGGAAAUCAUGAGACCAGCCAUGUGGCGUUGGUUAGUUCAGCUUUCCUUAAGACUGAAUUUUGAGCCAUGUAAUAUAUUAAGCAGUGAUAUUCCCAUUUAAAGAUGUUGCUACAAGUAUGAAAUAACUUUUAGAAUCGGAAAGGAGCUCAGUAGCGGGCCGGGGGAGAGGGGCCAUUUUUUUCCCCUAUCCUCUGUCAAUUCAAUACGACUAAGGGAUGAAAAAUACUUAGCAUCUGUUGUUGAAAGAGGGAGCAUCGUUGAGGGAAAAGCCUGCAGAAGAUUCAGCGAAUGUCAUACCUUAGCAGAUUUAGUUUUUGAAAGGUUUGGUUUUUGACACUUAACAGGCAGCAAGGUGUAAGGAAGAAGGUGAUAUAUUUCAUUAUUUAUUGAUUUUGCACAAAGCUCAGUCAUCUGAAAAGAGGCAACAGAACAACAAGCUAUAAUUCGGAUAGUUCUGGCUUGUUAUUAAUGUAAAUUCAGCUGAGAAGCAAGUGAAGCUAUUGGUUUUCCUUGUUUUCGGAGGACUUAAUAGAGACACAAUGGCUGUGUCUGCUUAGUUUUUUUGGUCAGACAACAUUUUGAGUUUGCACUUCUACUCUGUACAGGACAUAGCAAUCAUGGAUGACCACCAGAGAGAAGAGUUCAUUGGCAAAAUCGGAAUAUCUUCAGAGGAGAAUGAUGAAAACUCAGACGGAAGUGUGGAUUCUGAGCCUCACAAGUAUAGCUGCAAAAGGUGCCAGGUAGUUUUACUCCUUUCAAACAUUUUGCGGUGGGAAUGGGGUGGGAGAGUUGGGUUGCUAAAAGAAAUGUCAAAAAUAGUGAAAAGAUGUUCAGCUACAUUCCCUGACCCAGAAAUCUGUGUCUUUUCUGGUGUGUUUGUGUAUAUGGAGCUCUUGCACAUGCAGUCAGUAGCAUUCAUUUCAGCGGCAGCAGGAGAGCUGAACAUACACUUGAACAUGUGCUGCCUCUGUUGAAAUAUUCAAGGUAGAUGUUGCAAACUGGAAAGCUCCAUGUGGGUAUAACAGCCUUCCUGUAAGAAAUCACAGGGGCAGCUGUGUGUGGAGGCUGAUUGAGAGACAGCUAAUCAAUGGCUUUAACCCACAAGUAUUGGCAGAAGAGAGAAAUUAUUCUCAUAUUCACACAGUAUCUGUUAUUCAAAUACAUUUAAUUUCAGGCAAUGUUAGUUAAGCACUUUAAAAAGAAAAAAAGAAAGUAGGUUUCCAUCACUGUAAGGAUAUCAUGAUUUCAUGUGUUUUUUUUAAAAAAAAUACUGCUCCAUCUUUCUUCAUUGCUAUGUUAAGAAGUCUUGUCUGUUUACAUGUAAAACGUGAGAUAGGCCACUGCCACUUCAUGCCUGUCUUGUAUAAACAGGAGCUGUCUUGUUGAUUGUAGAAGGAAGGUGGCUGAAAUUGUUAAUAAUAUUAGUCUGGUUUCCAGCUCACCUCUUCCACAGAGGUUUGUGUGAAAUUUUGCUGAAACAAGGAUCCAAUUUCCUUUACAUACCCUUUGUUAAUAAUUCUAGAAGUCCAUAGCUAACAAAUUGGCUGGCUAAAUAAAAUCUUAUUCCAUUGCCUACUCUGCACCUUUCCUUCAGUGUCUUUGGAUCUGCAAUCUUUGCCCCUUUAUGGCUUCCCUACCUCCCAGGUGCAGACUUUAGCUAUCUCCUGCAUGGCCUAUUAAUCCCAGCCAAACUAGCAAUAGUGCCUUCCCUUACAGAAAUUGGGCUGAAAACAGCUUUUGCUCCCUUAGAAACCAAAGAUCCUUGGCCAUCAUAUAAACCGCACCAAACAGUGGUAUAGUCUUCAGUGCCACAUGCAGAAAUCAACACAGAUAUUGUGUCUGAUUAUUAGCUAGCCUUGUCGUUUAUUUCAAUGCUGCAUUAGCUUGUGGUUACUAUUUCCAAGGGUGUCCACCUCUCCCCAGUGUGGUGCAUUCACUGUUGUUUCAUUCUUCAGUUGACAUUUGGCCGAGGAAAAGAGUACCUGAAACACAUUAUGGAAGUUCACAAGGAGAAAGGCUAUGGCUGUAGCAUCUGCAACAGACGCUUUGCCUUGAAGGCAACUUACCAUGCGCACAUGGUCAUUCAUCGGGAGAACCUGCCAGACCCCAAUGUGCAGAAGUAAGGAGAUAAUUCUGACAAAACUAAAUCAAGGAUGCAGUCCACUUUACUUGCCAGAUGAGCAUGGGAAAAAUACAUUGACUUCAGUGGAACCUACACAUGAAUUAGAGGCAGGAUUGCAAGCAGAGAAUAAUUUCUUAGCAAUGGUUGUGGAGCUUUAGUAAAGAAGAUCAGUCCAAGGGAAAUGGUGGACUGUGACAGUGGCCUACUUAAAGUGUGUUUACCUUGCAAAAGUAACUGAAUAGUUUUGCACAUGUGCUCCUGUUUCCCCUUCUCUGUCCUGUGGAGAGGGUGCAGUUUUGAAGUGUGAUGCACUCCCAGGUUAAUAAUGACCACAGCAGCCAAAGAAGAUGGGAAAUACUUGAAUGUAAUUAGUGAAAGAAUAUUACGAGUGUGGAAGCACAAUGUUCUGCUUCAGACAAGAUAUGUGUGUGUGGCAAGGGGUGGGAGAUGAGAGGUAGUGUUUCCAGGGUACAUAUGUCAACUUGACCAUACUUUGGAUUUGCCCCGGUUUAUAUCCUAUACAGCGAGAAGCUGCAAAGAAAAAGCCCAGGUCAAGAAACUGCUAAGACAGUGGGCAUUGCAUAGACUUAGCACUAAAGCAAAGUUUAGCAUUAGAUGAGACAUAGAAGGGAAUAAUGUAAAAGCUUUCAGUUACGUUUUGGACUGGAUAACAUAGCAAACUGUGGCCAAACCCAGAUCAACUGUUGCUAUUCUUAACUAUGGUUUGCUGUAACAAGCCAACUUCAAGUCACAAUUUAAGAAGCUGACUUCUUAAUACAAUUUAGUGUUGGGAUAUAAUGCUAUAGUGUGGUUAGUCUUAAAUGGAAGCUGAUGAUCUCCUUCUUGAUGAUUCACAAUAGUGAGAGAGCAUGCAAGCCCAAAGCUGACUGCCUUUGUAACACUAAACCAAAGCAUGAUGUCCAAAUCAAGCCACUGUAGUUUAAAAAAGAAAAGAAAAGAAGGUAUAAUGCUAUUUAAAUAUUUCUAGAUGAAUAAGUCAAUACAGUAUUUUUUAUAUACUUACAAGAAAAGUUUUUUAAAAACUGUAAAGCCAUGCAUAACAUUAAAAAUCCUAAGCACUUGUAACACAUUACAAGUGUUCACUUGUAAUGCACAGAAAUUUUAAAAUCUGUAUUCCUGAACCUAUGAGCUAAUGCAGGGACUAUUGUCUAGCUAAAGAGACAAAUAUAGCUUGGUUUUCUCUAUCCCUCAAAAGUGUAGUGUUACUCUAUUAAUGAACUGUUUCAAAUAAUUUUGUUCUUCAAAUAAAAAUACACCUUUGAGAUCAUAGAUUUUCAAUUAAUUAGAAAAAAGGAUGUCUCUAGCUGAUUUUUAUUUCCUAUUUUAGAUAUAUCCAUCCAUGUGAAAUCUGUGGAAGGAUUUUUAACAGCAUAGGGAAUUUAGAACGGCAUAAACUUAUUCAUACAGGUAGACUCAUUUUAUUACUGUUCUUUUAAUAACAAAUAUUUUCUUGUGCUGUUUCUUAAAUUUCGUAAAUGAAUCCUAUUUGUCGGGAACAUAGAUUGUGAUGGGUUAAUUCUGUGCUGAGAAAACUCUGCACUAAAAAUUGCUCAAAAUAGCUUUUUUCUUUUGAGGGUGGGGAGAUGGGGGGCACGAUUCAUCAGCAUACAGAAAGUGUCCGUCAUUACAUUAGCUGCAGCUCAUGAAGUCUAUAGAACCAAUGCAAUUUGCUGAGCAUUGUACAGUCCAUUGUGCUUUGGGUGCAUCUUCUCAUAUUCCCCUGGCUUCUCUUUCUUGACUCUGUGCACUUGCUGUCUACCUGGCAAGGGAGUGAUGAGCCUGCAAGUGCUUAUUAUUGAAACACAUCUCUGCCUUGUGGGCAGACAAGUCAAAUGGGAUGUUCUUUCUCAUUAGGAGAGGACAUAUUUCUCAUUCAGUUCUGUAGCCUCAAGACUCAGUGCAAUUCAGUGCAUCUCUAAUUUUGUAAUUUGCCUCAGUCAUUAUGAUCAUAGCUCCCCCCCCAUCUGUCUCUCGUCCCCUCUCCUUCUGCGUCCUUGUUGCCUCUUUGAUUUGCAUCUUCUUUCCACAACUCUUUUUAGAGGUUCCUAUACAGCUUUCCAUGUAUCUUUUCUCUGUUUCUAUCUCGUUCCACAUCAGUUCAUAAAACCCUUUUAUUUUGAGAGUGGGAGGGACGACUGCCAAAAGGGUUGACUUCAUUUUUACCUGCACACAAAACCUAACGUUCCCAACCCCACCCCAGUCCCCUUCAAAUAACAAUUUAUUUUAUUUUAUUUUUAAGGUGUGAAAAAUCAUGCCUGUGAGCAGUGCGGUAAGUCAUUUGCAAGGAAGGACAUGCUGAAAGAGCACAUGAGAGUCCAUGAUAAUAUUCGAGAAUAUCUGUGCGCAGAAUGUGGCAAAGGUAUGAAAUGUCCCUUUUAUAUCCCUAAGUAAACGGUAUGUGGUAAAAAAAUGGUUAUUUCAGAAUAUGAAUCUCCCUUGAUAAUCAGAGUGAUUCCUUACAAAUGACUGGAAUCAUUCUUUUUACUUUUAUAAUGUACUGAUCAGGAAUCUAGGGUGCUUAAUGUUCGUUUAAUUUUUCAUAAGAAGUUGCUCUGUGGCAAAGCACAUCUCAUUACUGAGUCUUCCAUAUGUGAGCCCAGCUGAUGUGGCGCUGCAGGACUGUGGGUACUGUACUGGCUUUUUCGUCAUUGGUUGUGAACAUGCUUCAUUAAGGAUGUGAACGCUAUACUGAGCCAGACUUGAGGUAGAGGACAUUGCCAGCUGUAUGUGGAAAUGGCAGAGAACAGACCCUGGGAUCUUUUCUGCACAAACCUGACACUCACAAAUCAGGGAUGUUAUAACUGCACCUAAGAUGUAGCAAGAAAUUUACUCCUUAUAGGAGUACUGGGUGUGGGUUCAAAUCCCCACCCAGCUGUGAAACGUACUGGGCAAGUCACUAUCUCUUAACCUACCCUACCCUACAGGGUGGCUGUGUGGACUGAAGGGAGCUGGGGAACUCUGCCCACUGUCCUGAAUUUUGUAGAGGAAGCGUAGGAUACAAAUGUAAUUAUUAACAGUAAUGACAGAAUUGGCUGUGAAUAAGAGGCUUAAGUGUCUUUAAGACUUAUUUCAGAGGAAGUCCUGUUGAUUUUGUUGGCUCUUGUUUCUAAGUGUUUCAAUUAAUCAGUGAAUAAUUUAAAAUAUUUGCAUCCCACCUCGUCCUACAUGCAGGAUGGUUUUAAAUUCCCACUUAAAACAAACACCUGUAUCGAUGCUGUCUUAUUUAAAACACCUGCAACUUCCCAGUAUUUGCAUGCUUGUGUUUUCUACAGCUGCUUGUUCUGCAAUCCCCUUUCUGCUAUAACACCUGUUGUCUGGAUGGCACGAUUCUGUGUGUGAACGUUCCUGGCUUGCAGCAGUGGGAUUAAACAGGACAGCCUUUUGCCCUCUUGCCAUUCUGUGGUGGUUUUCCACUUCACUUGAACUCCAAGAGCCGCCUUAAAUGUUGUGAAUUACUUCUUAGGCUUUUCAAAGACAGCAGCUGAAUGAACAGGGUUCUUUAAAUAAAUAAACUGGCACGCACGUGCAUGCUGAGCCUCACCAUUCCCAAUAAAGAGCCUUUCAGAGAUCUUUCAUUGCCCUUUUUCAUGGGUCUCUUGAAGCUUUCAGGUGAAUUGUUUUCUGAAAUAGACCCAAGCGUUCUCUUCAAGUUUCCUUAGAGGUGGCCAUUGGCUUGGAACAUUCUCAUGCAGAGUCUUUUCCUUUGCAUGCCUCUCAAGCAGAGGGUGUUGAAAGGGCUUCCCCGCCAUGCUUAAGCCUUGAUUUUAUCCAUUACAGGCAUGAAAACAAAACACGCCUUGCGGCACCACAUGAAGCUUCACAAAGGGAUAAAGGAGUAUGAAUGCAUGGAGUGUCAUCGGAAGUUUGCACAGAAAGUCAACAUGCUGAAGCACUACAAAAGGCACACAGGUGAGCACCACGGAGAGGAGGAACUCCACAGCCCUUGCGCAGGGCAAGAUAAAUUGCCUCAGAGUCAACGGAGCCUACAGACCUGCUGCUCUGUAAUACAGUAAAGCGACGUCAGUUACUUCUUGCAGCACCAGUCUUCUGCAUGUCUCCCCAGGAGUAAAUAGCUACAGCUGCAUUUGAAGGAUGUUGCUUGCUGCUAAAGAAGAGUGUGUCAGGUUGCAGUUUUACUUGCCCUAGAUCCUUGAUCUAAUUUCCAGGUCUCUGUGGAGGGUGUGCAAAUGUGUAUUACAGGCACACAUAUAGAUGUUGACUGAGGUUAAUACCAUUAGGCCUUUUUAAAAAACAACAACACAAAAUAUACCCAGGUAAUUUUGUCCAUAGCUAUUUAUGGUUAAUAUAGAUAGGAAGCUAGAGGAAGAUGCCUGCAUUUUUGAAACAUAUGAAGAGGGCGGAAACUCAUAUUGCGACUAUGUAGUCUUUUGUCAAUAAAUUCCAUUUUGCUUAUUUCUACUUUUAAGGGCUCCUUGAUUUCAUGAAUACAGUCGUGCCUUGGUUCUUGAAUGGAAUCCAUUCCAGGAGUCUAUUCAACUUCCAAAACAUUCAAUAACCAAUGUGCGGCUUCUGAUUGGCUGCAGGAGCAUCCUGCACCCAAUCAGAAGCUGUGUCUGACGUUUGGCUUCCAAAAAAAAUUCGCAAACAGGAACAAUUACUUCCAGGUUUGGGGCAUUCGGGAGUCAAAAUGUCCGAGUCACAAGGCGUUCAAGAACCAAGGUACGACUGUACUAAGAGGAUAGUUUUGAGGUUUUCUAGGUGUAGGUGGGGCCCACAGACUUAAGUGAUUGCAAGAGUCUCCAAUUAUAGCUUGCGUUGGUUUUUGGAGUGCAACUUUUUCUGUCAGCCUGACUUGUGCCAAAGUUUAUUUAUUCCAUUUCAUAAAAUUUAUAACCUGCUGGAUUGUGGGAGUUCUAGCCUAGCAACAUCUGGAGGGCGUCAGGUUCCUCACCUCUGCGCAAAUAUUAAGAAGUUUGGGGAACCAGAUGGAGCCCUGCAUAAAUGCCAAAGAGUUAAUAAGUCCCGUCUCCCCCAGCACUGCCUGGAAUCUGCUCUCCAUUUAGCAUUUACUACACUGCUUAGCUUAGCAAACACCAGCAGAAUUUUGGGCCUAAAGGAAGAAUUAAUUGGCCAUUCCUUUUGUAGCACACAAUUUCACAUUUGCCAUAAGGAACUGUGGGUGGUUAUCAUUUUGGUACUUAACCUAGUUUCUAAUUAGCAGGAAUCAAAGAUUUCAUGUGUGAGCUCUGUGGGAAGACGUUUAGCGAGAGGAAUACAAUGGAGACUCAUAAGCUCAUUCACACAGGUAAUGCUUGGCUGGAACUCUAUGCCACUGAUUCUAAAAUUUCCUUUACAGUGAUAAAUGCUAAGACUCUAGGUCAGCGUUUCCCAAACUUGGGUCCCCAGCUGUUUUGGAACUACAGUAUCUAUCAUCCCUCACCACUGGUCCUGCUAGCUAGGGAUGAUGGGACUACAGUCCAGAAACAGCGGAAGCCUCAAGCUUGGGAAACCCUGCUCUAGAUUUUGCACUUGCAAUGUACCCCCAGUGGCAUGUAGAAUACAUAGCCCUGAAUCUAACCUCUCUUUUAUAGAAGGCUGAAAAAUAAAAUAAAAAAUUUAAGGUAGUUUGGUUAGUAUACUGUAAAAAAUGUACCUACAAUUAUAUAUUUCCCUGGAAGCACUAGCAGCUGCCUGACAUAUCCAUUAGUCUCAUAUCCAUAUUAGUCUGUUGCAGCAAAAACACUGGAGUCUCUUAGCACCUUUCACAAAUCUGUUAUCUAAUUAUUGUGCACUAGAGUUGACUUCAUCAGGUGCAUUGAGCACUAUCCUAACUUGGCAGUUAUGAAUGCACAUGUGUGGCAGAUGUUUGGUGCUGCGGUCAGAGGGAAGUGCAGUGCAAAAGAACAUAUUAAGCUGUCCCAUUAAACAAAUGUGUGCAAAAUCAUUCCAAUGACCAUUCACAAAGCAGUGUGGAUGAUGCAAUGCAAAACAUUCAGGCAUUGGUAAUUUGACUUACACCUGUAGUAGAAUUUUUAAUAACCUGUUAUCUUGAUUCAUGCCUCACCUUAUAAGAACUGGACUUUCUGAUACUUUGUAAUUCAGUGACUUCACACUGGAGCAUCUCUGUGAAGCUUCCUUUGAACAUACAUGUUUCAGCCUAUGUUUGGUGCAUUUCAGUUCCCUCUGAUCUCAUUGCUUACUAUUCCACCCUGCCCUGCCCCCCCAAAACCCAUGUGUACAUAGAUCUGCUGACUUGGGAUAAGCCUUAAUACAUCUGAUGGGGUGGUUUCUAGUUCAUGAAAGUUUAUGCCAUAAUAGUCUUGAAGGUGCCACAAGACUUCUUUUUAUUUCAUCCGUAUGACAGCAAGUCUAAAAAAACUCUCAUGUCAACUAUUUGACAUAAUUCAGACUUUGAGAGAGAGCUGAGCCAUGUUCCCUCAUCUGCAGUAAACCACAUUGGUUCAGUGCUGUCAGGUUUGCUAAGGUUAGUAAUAUCAGAUCCUGUCAGCCCCUGAUCUCAGAAGGCAAAUGCAGCCUGAUUGUUGUCCCCAGACACCCAAGUGCCAUAUUUCCAUGGAAUUCAUCGCUCUGCUUUAUUCCAGUCCAUCCUAAUUAGUAUGUACCGUAUUUUUCCGUGUAUAACACGACCCCUAUUUUGGGGGACUCCAAAUAAAGAAAUGCCCCAUAUGCACUAUCCAUGCCUAAGACGACCCCCAAUUUUAAACUUGAAAAAAAUUGGGGGGGGGGGGGGAAUUAGACUUAUACACAGAAAAAUACGGUAAGUGACUCCCAAUUAUACAAUAUAAAAUACUUCCUCCAGGUUCCAUACCAUGUAACUCUUUUAAAAAUGGAAAACCUGUAGUUGAAAUGUUUUAAUAUUAAGAUACCCUACUUGAAAAUUAAUGGUCAACUUCUUGUUUUACUUGCUACUACUAGUGGGAAAGCAAUGGACUUGCUCAGUGUGUGAUAAAAAGUAUGUCACGGAGUACAUGCUUCAGAAGCACAUUCAGCUAACUCACGAUAAGGUAGAAGCACAGAGUUGUCAGCUCUGUGGGACGAAGGUUUCCACCAGAGCUUCAAUGAGUCGUCACAUGAGGCGAAAACAUCCAGAGGUGAGUUUGAUGACAGAUUAAGAGUUCGUGAUUUUUGCAGACUUCCUGGGGAGACGCAUCCUUUACAUGCUACCUUGCUCUGAAUUUUUAAUUUUUGUGCAGCUUUGUUGUGACGGCUGCCAACACUUGCUUUUCACAUCUUAGGAAUGUGAAUUCUUAGUACAGCACAUGCCACUUAUUAUAUCCACGGUUGAAGGACCCAAAAGGUAGCUAGCCUUGGUUGAGCUGAUAGAGUGACUAGCCAGAUUUGAAUGGGUGUAUAAAAUGUAAUAUAAAAUAUGCAUACAUAUAUGAUAUAAAACAUAAUAUAAAACAAACCAAUCUGCCUGUUACAUAUAAGCGUAACUGUUCCUUAUACGCAAUUGCAGGGUAAUACUACUAUAAAUAUGUUAUUCCUUAAUAUAAAUAUUGUUUUCCAGGUGCUUUCAGUUAGAAUUGAUGACUUGGAGCAGCUCUCAGAAACCACAACUGUUGAUGCUUCAUCUAUAGGAAUUGUACAGGUAAAAUGCAAGUGUAGCCUAAUAUUAACUCUCUUGUUACCUUCAGCCUUUAUUUGGACAUUCAAAGUACCCAUGUGCCAACUCCACCCCCCAGUAUCCCCACGUGUGCCAGCUUCAGCCCUGACCUUCCUGCAUUUACUGGGAAAGGUCUGAAGGGAGAUUCCAAGCACAUUCAGCUGAAUGCACUCAGAAGCCUUCAGGAAAAGGUUCCCCACCUUUGGACUUAAGCCUACUUUAUCAGGUGCAUAAAAUGUUGUCCUCAGUUGCCAGAUACACAUCAGUACAGAAGGGGAACAAGGGUGCUGGAAGCCUAUGAAAUGCAAGAGGUACAGCCUGACAUUUCUCUGUAAAGCUCAAUUCUAUGCAAAAUGAGCACACUGACCAUUCACAACAUCAGGAAUAGCACAAAUCUUCCUGCCUUUGCUGCACUAUUAAACACAUGUAGCAUGAAAGGAAACCAUAGUCUCUGUUCAGUCCUCGACAAAUCAAAUCAAACUUACUGAUUUUUUUUUUAAUUCAGCAGUUUUGAACAGGAAUUUCUCCUGAUGUUGAAGUGUUGAAUUCAGUGACAUUGUGCUUUCAUUGAAAACUCCCCUUACAGUCAGACCUAGCCCUGGAACCAGGAGAGUUACCGGAAGGCAAGCAUAUGAAGGCUCAUAAGCGUGGUCAUAAACGAAAGCAUAAGCCCGAUGAAGAGGAAGAAACCCAAGUGCCUGAGGAUUCUGCCUUCAGUGAAUACACAGAGAAAGAAGUGGAAUUCACAGGGAAUGUGGGAGAUGAGACCAAUUCAGCGGUGCAAAGCAUUCAGCAGGUGAGUGCCCUUUACCAAGGAAUCGGGAGAAGGUGGUAAUUACAACAACAAAAAAUGGCUUUAUAUCCUAGGAAUAUUAAAAGGUAUUUUAAUGUAUGGGUGGAUUUUUUCAGUAGGAGAAUUUGUAGAAAGCUCACCAGUAUAAUAUGCAGAGGAGAGGAAGGAAGAGGUCCCUGGUGGCUGAAAUCCCCUGAAAAUUCAUUAUGCCUCUGUAUGCAGAGUCAGUGUCAGUUGCUAAAUUCAUUUCUAUGUGAGCAAAUAUUAGGUUGCAUUCUGGGGACGUCUGCUAAGGCACCAUUUAGAUCAAACAUCUCUCAUGGUGCAAACACUGAUUACCUCAUUGUUGACGUUGGGGAGGAAUAGACUUUUCCCCAACCACACUAGACCCUUCAGUGCAACCACUUUCUUUCUUCAGUAGGAAUGAAUACAACCAGUAGCCUGGGAAUUCUAGGCCCCUCUUCUUUGUUUUGUAGUGUUGUGAUACGUCCAGGAAUCGGACAGCAUUUUGGUGUCCGGGGGGGAUUUUCGUGAAAUCAGAAAAAUGUCCGAGAAAACCUGGACGUAUGGCAAGGAGGGUAAUUUUGUUUUAUUAAAAAAUCAUUUAAAAAUCCCCCAAAGGCCCAAAACUUAUGGCAACCGUAUUGUUUUGCCCUGCAGUCAGCUUAGCCUUGCUCAUCUCUUGGCCAACUUAGCUUGAUGGUGAGAUACAAGCGAAGUAUUUUGUUCUGAAAAGUAAUUUCAAUUUCAAAACAUACUAGAGAUUGCAAUGGGAGGGGGAUCAGAAAUACCAUCACCACAUGACUGGAAAUACCAGAGUCAAAGAAAUCCAGAUUUUUCUAAUCUGUGAGAAUUUUGCCCUCAGUUUGGGGAACUCGGCUGAAAGUAUUGCCUGAAUCUCCAGUACUGGUGAUCACCUUUGAUGGAAAUUAAUUUAAUAAUAAUAAUAAUAGUAAAUAAUAAUAAUAUAUUAUUUAUACCCCACCCAUCUGGCUGGGUUUCCCCAGCCACUCUGGGCGGCUUCCAACAGGAUAUUAAAAAUUCAAUAAAAUAAUAAUAACAAUAAUAAACGUCAAACAUUAAGAACUUCUCUAAACAGGGCUGCCUUCAGAUGUCUUCUAAAAGUCAAAUAGUUUUUUAUUUCCUUGACAUCUGAUGGGAGGGCGUUCCACAGGGCGGGCGCCACUAUGUAUGAUCUAAAUCCAUGAAGUUUAUCACCGUUUGCUUUCAACUCUGUAAUCUAACAACAGAUAUCAUAUAAGGGGUGGAAGGAAGACCUUCUGCUACAGCCUUCCCCAACUUUGUGCCCUUCAUAUGUUUUGGACCACAGCACCCAUCAGGCGCGGCCACUGGCCAUGCAGGCUGCGCUGAUGAGAGCUGCAGUCCAAAGUAUCUGGAGGCCACCAGCUUGGGGGGAAAGCUAUUCUAUUAUAGUGGGGUAGGAGAACUGAAAAUAAUGACAAUAUAUUUCACAUCUUGCAACUAAUGGCAUCAGAUACUACAUGGGUAGAGGAGUCCAAAAAAACCAGGACAAAAUUUUCCACAGCCGUCUAGCUGCUAUAGUGGCUCAUUUACCAGAAGUAAUGUAUUUAGCAUUAACUCUGGAAGUGUAUACUUGAUUCUGACCAAACUAAGUGUCCUGGAGCUAGAAAAGGUCUGUUCUCGUGUUGCCAACCUCCAGACCUCCCAUGGAGGAGACACACGAAGAAGUCAUCAGGUGAUGAUCACAGAGUCUGGGUUGGUUUAUAUGAUACACUCGCUCCCAUCAUGCCAUCGACAGGCAAAAAAGAGAGGUAGCAAAGUUGACUGUUUCUCACAGCAUGCAUUUCUAAUGCUAACAGUUGCUUUAAAAACGAUCACUACAGAUAACUCUGAAUUUUUCAAUUCUCUCUCUUUUUGCAGGUGGUGGUGACUCUCGGAGACCCAAAUGUCACAGCCCCUUCUAGCUCUGUUGGCCUGACCAAUAUUAGUGUUACCCCCAUCACUACACCGGCUGGAACCCAGUUUACAAACUUGCAACCUGUGGCUGUGGGCCACCUGGCCACUCCCGAGCGCCAGUUGCAGCUAGACAAUUCCAUCCUCACCGUGACGUUCGAUACAGUCACUGGUUCCGCCAUGUUGCACGGCAACCGCCAAAAUGAUAUCCAAAUACAGUCGCAGCCUGAGCCGGCAAACCCCCAGUCAGUCGCCCAUUUUAUAAACCUGACUACUCUGGUGAACUCCAUCGCUCCGUUAGGGAGCCAGAUAUCGGAACAACAUCCCUUAACCUGGAGGGCGGUGCCUCAAACAGAUGCCCUUCAAACGCAGGCCCAGCCCACGCAGCAGCAGCAGGCGGGGCAGCAACAGGUUCAAACAGAACAGCAGCAGCAGCAGAUGUACAGCUACUAA